UAAACACAAACCUUGGAUUGAGACAUCGUACCAUGGAAUCAUAACUGAAAACAACGACACUGUGAUUUUGGACCCUCCCCUAGUUGCUUUGGAUAAAGAUGCACCUGUUCCAUUUGCAGGUGAAAUUUGUGCUUUUAAAAUCCACGGGCAAGAGAUGCCCUUUGAGGCCAUUGUGCUGAACAAGACAUCUGGAGAAGGUCGGCUCCGAGCAAGGAGUCCCAUUGACUGUGAGCUGCAGAAGGAAUACACAUUCAUCAUCCAGGCCUACGACUGUGGAUCAGGACCAGGUGGAACCAACUGGAAGAAAUCUCACAAGGCAGUAGUCCAUAUCCAGGUGAAGGAUGUCAACGAGUUCUCCCCAGCCUUCAAGGAGAGCAUGUACAAGGCCUCAGUGACAGAGGGGAAGAUCUACGACAGCAUCCUGCAGGUGGAAGCCACAGAUGAGGACUGCUCCCCCCAGUACAGCCAGAUCUGCAACUACGAGAUUGUCACCACAGAUGUUCCCUUUGCCAUCGACAGGAACGGUAACAUCAGGAACACGGAGAAGCUGAGCUAUGAUAAGCAGCACCAGUAUGAGAUAAUGGUCACAGCUUUUGACUGUGGGCAGAAGCGUGCGACAGAAGAUGUCUUGGUACGAGUUAAUGUCAAACCUGUGUGCAAACCAGGCUGGCAAGACUGGAACAAACGGAUUGAAUACAGGCCUGGCUCUGGCAGCAUUCCCUUGUUUCCCAGCAUCCACCUGGAGACGUGUGAUGGACCAGUGUCCUCCAUCCACACCACCAUUGAGCUGCAGACCAAUUACAUCGGGAAGGGCUGUGAUCGUGAAACCUACUCGGAGAAAUCUCUGCAGAAAUUAUGUGGAGCUUCCUCAGGUGCCAUUGACCUGUUACCAUCUCCCAGUACAACAACCAACUGGACAGCUGGGCUCCUCAUGGAUAGCAAUGACAUGAUUUUUAAAUUUGAUGGAAAGCAAGGAGCCAAAAUCCCAGAUGGAAUAGUCCCAAAAAAUUUAACUGAUCAAUUCACCAUCACUCUGUGGAUGAAACACGGACCUAGUCCUGGAUUAAGAGCUGAGAAGGAAACUAUUCUCUGCAACUCUGACAAGACAGAGAUGAACCGGCACCACUACGCGCUCUACGUGCACAACUGCCGCCUCGUGUUCCUGCUGCGCAAGGACUUCGACCAGGCUGACACCUUCCGCCCCGCCGAGUUCCACUGGAAGCUUGACCAGAUCUGUGACAAGGAGUGGCACUACUACGUGGUCAACGUGGAGUUCCCCGUGGUGACGCUGUACAUGGACGGGGCGACGUACGAGCCGUACCUGGUGACCAACGACUGGCCCAUCCACCCCUCCCACAUCGCCAUGCAGCUCACAGUGGGGGCCUGCUGGCAAGGAGGUGAAGUCACCAAGCCCAGGUUUGCUCAGUAUUUCCAUGGCAGCCUGGCCAGCCUGACAAUACGGCCAGGGAAAAUUGAGAGUCAGAAAGUGAUUUCCUGCUUGCAGGCCUGCAAGGAAGGGCUCGAUAUUAAUUCUCUUGAGAGUCUUGGUCAAGGAAUAAAGUAUCACUUCAACCCUUCCCAGUCAGCCCUUGUCAUGGAAGGAGAUGACAUUGAGAAUAUAAAUCAGGCCCUCCAAAAGGUCUCAUACAUCAACUCCAGACAGUUUCCUACUGCAGGCGUGCGACGUCUCAAAGUCUCAUCUAAAGUCCAAUGUUUUGGUGAAGAUGUCUGCAUUAGUAUCCCAGAUAUAGAUGCCUAUGUAAUGGUAUUUCAGGCCAAUGAGCCCAAGAUUACCAUAACUGGGAUGGACCACUUUGCUAGACCAGCUGCACAGUUUGAAAGUGAAAGAGGUGUUAUUUUGUUCCCUGACAUCAGGAUUGUCAGCACGGUCACUAAAAUGGAGCAUUCAGUAGACUUAAGAGAACAUGACAGAGUCAAUAAACAAGUGGUAGUAGAGGAAAUGCUCCACAACUUGGAUUUCUGUGAUGUUUUGGUCAUUGGUGCGGAACUAGACCCUGAACAGGAGUGUUUAGAACUAGAUCAUGGGGAGCUUCAAGGAAAACAUCUAGAUGCCACAAAUUCCACUGCAGGAUAUUCAAUCUAUGGUGUGGACAGCAUGUUCAGCUACGAGCAGGUGCUGCGGCAGCUCCGCUACCGCAACUGGGGCACCUCGGCCACCUCGGACAGGAAAUUCAGGGUCAAGUGCUCCGAGCUCAACGGGCGUUACACCAGCAAUGAAUUCAACCUGGAGGUUAAUAUUCUACACAGUUCCAACUCAAACUUCAUGGACCAUGUAAAUCACAUGAUAUUCCAGCCCAAAUUUCUCCAAUCUGUUCAGCACCCUGAGGGGAGUGUAAGUGCAGUUCCCAGCUCAGUGGUUCCCAGCGUGGCCACGAUGGUUAUCAUCAUCUGUGUGAGCGUCCUGGUGCUGGUGGUGACGCUGGGCGUGCUCCGGCUGCGCUCCGCGCGCCAGCACGGCUCCCUGGGGCAUGAGGGACCCAAGGACAACGAGAUGGACUGGGACGACUCUGCUCUCACCAUCACCGUCAACCCCAUGGAGAAAUAUGAAAAGCCACACCAGACAGAAGAGGAGAGUGAGGAAGAAGAUAUAGAUGAUGAAGAGGAAGACACAACCAGUGCUGAAUCAGAUGAUAGUGAAGAGGAGGAAGAGGAGGAAGAGGAGGAGGAAGUGAUUGUCCAAAAGGGAAACAAACAGAAUGCCACCAGGCAAGAGCAGUUGGAGUGGGAUGAUUCAACACUCCCCUACUAACAAACAGCCUGCCAGCCACAGCUCUUUUGUAACAACCAAUACAAUGUUUUUUCAGAGUCUAUGAAUUCAUUGACAGGAUUUGAACUUCUGCUUGCCUGUAACUGUUUUGCCUAAAAUGAUCUUGUUGUAGUAAUUGAUAACGAUAGAACUGACCCUUUCUUUACAAAGCCUGGAGAAAAGGUGGUCCAAACCUCCUGGCACACGCAGUAAUAAAGUAAUCCAAAACUUGAUCUGUUAGCAAGCAUAGUUCUCAAUUUCCUGUUUCUACCCUGCAGAUGUGUGACAAAAAUCCUGUCACUCAAUCCAUACAAAUUUUUGCCUUUGCUACUUUUUUCACACAGGAGAGAUUUCAGCUCGUUAUGUAGAAUAACUUCUGUGGGUCCAAAUUCCAGUUGCCAUAUAACUUCACAUUUUUACAGGUGUAAAAAAACAUAAUCCACCUUCAAAUUGGGCAGGGUUUUAGUGCUACAGGGGCUAAAUUCCAUCUAUCAUCUCGUCCUGCCUUUUGGAUGUUAACUGUCUUCUGCAAGGGAAUAUCUGGGACUUGACAGGGGAUGCAUGUGUGCUUAUGUAGAUGUGGAUGGUGUAUUUUUCAGGCAUGCUGUCAGACCCUCAAGAGAGGGAUUUUUAUCCAAUCUACCAAUAGAAAUUAAAAACAAGUUUGAGAAAAACAGCAACAAGAAAGGGCUGCUGAUGGUUAUCCAAAAAAAAAACCAUCCAGUCUGUGUCCAUAGAUUGAGUAAUAUGGUCUUAUGCAAACUGUAAAUUCUAAUGGGAUUGAUUCACUUAAAAUCUGCAGAGCUGCUCAUUAGUUAUGGAUUGAGCAAUUUGCAGCAAAUCGAUGCUUUAAACUGUCUGUCUCAUGGAACCAUUAGCUUGCUGCAGCAUCUUACUGAACUAGUGGAAAAUAAGUGACCCCAUUAUUCCAUAGCUAUGUAUAGCUGGGAUUUAAACAAUUAUUUUAGAUGAGGAAAACGUUCCCUUUUGCUUAGUGAAUGCCAGCUGGAAUUUCUGUCUGACUGUAUUCUAUAAAAACAUGAUGCCCUAUUUCUUCUGCACCCCUGCCUGCCCGUAGUGCACAAGAGAAAGGAACAGCACUGUGAGUCCUCUUCUGUGCUCAUAAUUCUCCCUUAUUUCUUCUGCCUGAAGCCAUUAAUGUUGACAGAAGGUUUUAUAAAGUAGACAAAGAAAAAUAAAACCUACUUGGAACCAAAAUAGUUGAAAACAAAAACUAAAAUCUUAAGAGGCUGAGAGAGUAUUUUAGUUUGUUAUGGUAACACAGCAUAUUUUUCUUAAACACCGUUAAAAAAGAAAAAAAAAAAAAGGAAAAGCAGAGCUAUAUAAGCUACAUAUACAAUGUGCUGAUUAGUCUGUGUGGUGUGUUUCUGGUCCCCUUUUCCUUAAGCACCUUUCAACUGCUCUGCUUACCAAAUGCUGCAGCACUUGCUGGGGUGGCUGCUCCAAUGCACAGAAACAAAAUGGCAUGGAAGUGAAUGCUGCUUAGUGGCUUGUCUGGGUUGUUCUCCUGAGUACUUUGUUCUCUUUGCAAUUUCAUCCCUGACUUUUGCUUUUUUGAUCUGCUGUUUGAAAUAAGCUGCUUCCUCUUCUUCAGCCUCCCAGUCAGUGUGGCCACAACAGGACCUUCCUGAGCACCCUGAGUGGUGGCUGGUGUGGCAAAGGGCACUUGAAGCAAUCCUGAGGGUGCCCACCUCCCUCAGUAACGGAUUAUUAACAGCUCCUGAAUGUCGUGGGAUAUGGGGAAUACAAAGGAUGCUUGGGGGUUCUUGUAAUUCCAGUUUCUGCAUUUGGCAGCUGAAAGGAAAUACUGACGGUAACCAGGCCCUUUAGUUGAAUAUCUAGAAAGUAAAUGAAAGAAAAAUCUAUGAUAAUUUUAAAAUUGGAGAUAUUUAUGCUUUUAUUUGUUGUGCCAGCAAUCACGUUGUCACAUGGUUGUUAAGACUGGCAAUACAGAAGUUUUCUUUUGUUAUCAAUCCUGUUUCAUUUUAUUCUCUCACACAUAUUAAACUUAGAAUAUUUGCAGAAUCAAGGCCACAUAAGUACAUCUUAUCUGCAGGAAUAACAACUGUAAAAAUGUCCACAAUUUCUGUUUAAUACAAAAUUAAUAUUAAUAUUUCUGAUUAUCUUGAACAAAAUGUUAUGUUAGAUCAGUUCCUACCAUCCUAGUAUCCUAGAAAAUUUCCCAGUUUUAGUUUUUUAGUGACAUGAAGCAGGCUCUUCAUGAUGCUUGUUAUCAGCACAUAUCAGCAAAUCUUUACGCUCAGAAAAAUUAUUCAAAAUUAAAUGUAGAUAUUUAAAAGUCAAUUUCAGAUUUAAAACUGGACUUAAAUUAUUUUAAAGUUUCUGUUAUUCCUGAUUAUUAUCAUUGUUGCUGUUUUCAUAGCAAACAUUAGGGCAACUUGAAAACAGAAAUUUACAACCUUAUUGACAGCCUUUAAUUCUUUUAUAUGUUUGUGAAUUCAUCAGUGUGUUUCUCCAUCUAACAGACUUUUAUCUUUUUGCUACUGGAAGGAGAUCUUUUCAGGUUGUAUUCGUACAUUACACAAAAAGGAAACAAAGUAUUUUCUCUACUAUAAAUAAAUCUACAUUUUUAAACCUAAGCAAAGUCAUACAGGCAUGUGUGUUAUCACUAAAACUUGAUUUGCAGUAAGAUCCUCAGCAAACUCAAAUGUAUCACUGUACUUAUUUUAGAUUACUUGUUGGAGUGCAUUAUGCAGCGUUUUUCAUUCAAAUAAAUAGAAACAUCCUUUUCACAGAAUGGCAGUGAGAAUGAGGUACUUCUUCACAAAAUGGGCCCUAAAAUAUUUGUAUAGCACUGAAAGCAGUGGUUUCCUGAGCAAAACUACUACUAGAAAAUCACAGAAAUAUGAAUUUUUCUAAAACAAUUCUAACAAUAUUGCCUCCCCUCCAGAAAUUAUUUUUAUAUAACCUACUUGCUUAAAAACCAACCAGAAAAUAUACACACAUAUGUACAUAAAGACACACAUGUGGGGGUUUUUUUGCCCUUAAUCAAAAGCCAAAGUUGUCUCCUUUUCUCCCUGAAAAAAAGUGUUUAGAAUUGUAAAACCAUUCAGGUUGGAAAAGACCUCUAAGAUCACUCACUGCAGCCCCUCAGGGCUGGCUUGUGGUGAGGUGGCUUUUUUUACACUAGCAAUAAACAAGUGUAUCCAAAGAAAGCAGUUCUGAAGAGCUACCUGCAAUCCAUGGCACCAGGAAUCCAGAGGUGACAACAGAGGUCUAAAAUGACUUCCCAUCAAUGAUCCCUUAAAUUUUUGGAGUUCUAAUUUAAGGCUGGGAAAAGCUGUAAAACCUACAAAUGCAAAUUGAAGGUGUUAUCUGAAUUAAUAUAACUGCCUAAGUGGUUAUUUGUGAUUUAUAGCUCCCAUUUCUCUUUCAUUUCUACCCCUCCAUAGGUGUUUUAUCUUUGCAGGUAAACUUUAAAAUGCACAGUUGAGAUUAAUAUCAAUAUUUACUGCACAGGCUGACACAUCUAGAACUAGACAUAGGAUUUGUGACAUCUUUAAUACUAAUUAAAAUAAACAGUUGCUAUUUUUUCAUUCCAACAGGUAACACUUUGCAGUGGUGAUGCUUUUUACCUCCCCUGAGGCUAAUGGGAGGGAGCAGUUUAUUUUUCUCUCUGGAAUGUGCUGGUGCUGAGCUUGCUGAGCCCCAUCCUUACUCCAUUCUGGAACAAAGUAAGGCUCAGAAAGGAUCAGAGAGUUCCAAAGUUCCUUCUGUGACUGAAAUCCACUGUCUCCAUUGCAGGAGCUGUCCCUGCCUGACCCUAAACUGAAAAUAAUGCCAUGGGAAAUCAGUAGCCCCAGGUGAAGGAUGGGCAGAGGGUAGCCCAGUAGCAGCCCUUACUUCACUGUGGCAAAGCCUUUUCAGCUUUGAUAAAAUAUUAAUAAUAAAUAUUUUUGUCUCAGCUGUCCCUUUUCCCAGCUGCAAUCUCAGAGGCAGCUUUACCUGCCUCCCUAGGACCCAACACUGCCUCUUCUCAAAGUUUUGGUGCCAGCACACACAGCUCUGCACAGAACAGCACCAGGAAAGACUUUACUGGGAUGACAGUAAAGGUCUGGUGGGAUGGAGCUGUUCCUGGUAUCCUGGAAUAGAAAUUAUAAUUAAUUAUGUAUUAAUUAAGGAUGUUUGCAAAAACAUAUGGAUACUGAGAGAGGGAGAGGAAAUAAAACUGAGUACAUCUCCUCUAAGUGGCUUCCCCUUCCCUUAAUUCACACAUGCUGACCAGAAUAAGUAUCUCAAAACUAGGAUAUCCCCAGUCUCAGGGGGGAUAUCAGGUUUUAUCAGGUUCUGCCUUAAGAAUUGCUUUCUGCCUUUAAGCUUAAAGUAGUUCUACACCAAGUGAGUAAAUCUAAGGAGAUAGGAGAAAAAAACCCCAAAUGACAAAACAUAAAUAUCAAAAAGAUUGCUGAAGAAAUCAAACCCCCUUCUAAGUCACUGAAUUAAUUCCUGUUGGUUGUACAGAAUCCUGUGCUGUGUAAUCUCCCUCAUGCUCUAGCAUCACCAAAAUGGAUCAGGUUCUCUAAAGCUGCAUGUCUCAGAUUGUGUAUCCAAUGAUCAAACUUCUGGUUCCUGGUCUCUCUUGGAAUCCAGCUUCAGUUUUGUUAGCGUGGAGAAUAAAGAUACAAAGAAUAGAGAUAACCACUAAAGCUACACCAGAACAAAAUUCAUACUCUCUUAACACACUCAAUCUCAAGAAAUAUUUCUGCUAAAUAUAUUGGGAGAAUUGCCCCAGUGAUAUCUCAUAAAGUAAUUAUUAUUAUUAUUCAUCACCUUUGUAGGAUUAGCAUGGUUCAAGCCUGGUAUGUUCUUUUUGGUUUUGGUUUUCUCUGAAAAAGACAUGGUCAUAAAUUAAAAAUACACAAACCUGAACAGUGCAAAAACUGAAAGAGGAGCAAGGGCUUUAAUUUCAUAAACCUCUGUCUAAGAGAGGGGUUUGAAGUAAUAAACAACUGUAGCCCUCAUUAUUGAAACUUCGCAGAAUAAAAUUAACCCAGGAAGUUUUGUAUGUUCAUAACCUCAUUUCUGGUGAUGAAAAGGCAGGCACCAGAGCAGGUUCCCUUUUUCCCUCGAGGCAUUUUGCUGCCUUUGGAGUGGGUAUUGCCAGCAGUUUGCUCGUUAUGGUUUCCAUGUCUCUGCUGGAACAGGAACAGUGCUGCCAGCAUCCUGUCAAAGAGCCUGCUGGUGAACCAUAAUUCAAUAAUUCUCCUGCAGCUCUGCUCUCAGCCCUCCAUGGUGGAGCACUCCAACCCCAUGCAGAGGGAAACACACAAUGGUUAAAGCAGAGAGCUCUGGGCUGGUGCUUCAUUAGUUACUGCCUGUAAAGAAACACACUCAGCAGCAUGAAGCACUGCAAAUGUGUGAAACAGAGUUCAGGAGAAGCCCUCGUUCUUAUUUUCAGUACUAGCUCAUGGGGAAAUUGUGCAUUCAUCAGCUGUUCAAGCUCCAUGCCCAUGCAUUGUCACUAUUUAUGUCUGUGCUGAGAACAAAGAAGCAGCAGAAUUUUUUUCCCAGUUAAGUACAUUGUACAGUAAAAGAGUUCAGCUUUCCCUGGGCAAGGUGCACAAAGCUUGCCAAAUGCUGUCUUCAAAUAGGGAACAAAGAUUUGACAAUGGUAUUCCAUCCUUGCACUUCAGACACCCAGAAAAUUUCAUGGGAGUAAAAUGCUUUCCUGCAGCCCUACCUAUUCCUUUUGUAUAAAUCUGGAUACAGUUUUGGGUUUUCAGAGGCAUUUAACUUCCCAUCUGGGUAUAAACUUCCCAGCUUUCAGGUGUCCUUUGGUGUACUAACCCAUAAAGCUAUUUUUGGCUGAAUGUUUCAGGAUAUACUAAGGGGGGGAAGAAAAAGCAAAAAGUUGUUAAAAUUACAAUGUCUUUUUUUUCUACUCCUGCCUCCCCUAAAUAUAUAAACAGGUACAAAAGAAUUGAUCAGGCAACCCUGACCAAGUCUGUGACUACAAUGACAUUUCAAACCAGUACUGAAAUCAGCAAUAAAUCUUUGUCUACAAACUGCUUAAUGUGCAGUAGAGGAGAAGGUGGAUGGUUGUUGUAACUGGGCAUGCUCUUUAGAAUGUGGAAUGGAUCAACUGCAGUCAGUUCCAUUAGAAAAUCAAAUUAUUAUUUAAGGAAGAGUGAACAGGAAAGUAGAAGAGAAUACUGCAUGAAUAACAGAAAGAGUUGAGGUUUACAGUGAUGUAAAAAAAUUGAAAUUUGAUCUUGUACAAAAGAAAAAGAGAGACAUAAAAGCUUCGGUGUCAAAUAGUAAGAAAAUUGAAACAUUCAGUGUUUCUGUGCCAGAACUGACACUGUCAUGAUGAACAAGAAAGAAUGCAGGAUGUCGAAGGGUUCCAGGAUGACCAGACAUAGAUGCAAAACACACAUAUGUAUGUUGUGCACAUAAACCUGUGUGUGUGUACAGGAAAAUCCCAGAUUGGUGCCCAUGGGGAGGUGGUGGCUGUGGUGAUGAAGGAGAACUUGCAGGUUUUCAGCGUGGCUGGUGCUGAAGUUUCCUUCUUGAGUUGCAGUCCCAGCACCUCCAGCAGAGCUGGGAAGGCAGCAGGGCCAUGAGAGGGGUGGCUGCACUGUGUGUGCAUUAAGUAGAAAAAUGUAGAGCCAAGGCCAGCCCAGGGGCUUGGGGCAAACAUUCUGUCUGCUACAACUCAAGUCUGAGGGUUCAGUUACCACGUAGUUUAUUUGAGGUAAGAAAUGGAACUUUUGCCCACAGACAGUUGUUGAUAAAUUUUACAGAUUUUCUACAACAAACAUAUUCCAUGGGUUGAUGAGGAGCUGGAGAUACCCAAGGCAGACUAUAUUCCAUAUUGAAAAGGCCCUCAAGUAAAUUUUUUCUAGUGAUACAAUCUCCUAAGUGGCCACACAGUUAGGAAACCUGAUUUUUGAAAAUAUACAUAAUAGAAAACUUUUUAAGGAUACAACCAUCCCUGUGCCGAUAUGAGAGCUGAAGUUAUUGCCUCUCUUCUCAGGAAAAACUACUGGCACAUUUAUUUUUGGCCUCUCCCCAAACUGAUGUAAGAGUGUGAGGUCCAUCUGAAAAGAGAUGGGGGUUUUGUGUGUAUUCUGUUCCAAAUACUGCACCACCAGUUAAAUUUUUUUUUUUUUUGAAGUUAACAAUCAAUUCAAGUACAAUAAUAUUCAAAGGGACAUCAUGACAGGGAUGGGAAGAUACACCAGAGUGGAUUAUUGCUUUGCAGGGUAAUACAUGCUAUGGGUGUGCUUCCUGAGGACUGUUUCGUCUCAACUCCAGUGUGUUUUGCAGUUUAUAGUAGACUUAUCAAAUCCUAGAAAUAAAGAUUAGUAGACAAAAGGAAAUAGUAGUGCAAGUAGAGUAUUAUGCUAACAGUGCAGAAUUAUUUCCUAGAAUAUAUUUUUUAGUGUUAGGGGUGGGGGUGCUUCAACCUACUUAAAUGUUUCUAAGCCUGGGGCUUCUACUGCUUCCCUUGGGAGAUUGUUCUAGAGUCUAUUAGAAUUCACCAUUAGAAAGUUUUUUCCUGAAAAUGAAUUUAAAUAAUCCUUUUUGUAAUUUUUAUCUCAUUAGUCCUAGUUAUACCCUUUUGCACCACUCUAAAUAGUUCCUCUAACCAUGAUUUAUAUCCUUUGAAUAUUUUUAGAUAGUUAUCAAGUUCAUUGCCUUUGGUAAUUUACUAGAGAAGCUGUGAAUCCCUCCUCAUCCCAAUUCAUUCCUUCAGUUUUGUGUUUCUUACCUUUUCAUGAAAUGUCCUUAAUGCACAAACUAAAUCCCUUAGUAUUUCCUUAAAUGAGUCACAGUCAGUUCACUCUGUUAAGGUGCUCUGUGUUGCUGGUGUCACUGAAUAAGUUGUUAAAGUUUAAACAAUAAAUUUAAAUUGAAACUUGAUUUUUAAAUUUUUUUUUUCUGUAAUCCAUGGAUAAGUUCUCAUAUGACAUGAAUUUGGCAGUGUCUUUUACAUGGGUAUGAUUUAACAAAGCCAACCAAUAAACACUGCAGCUAAUCAAACAAUACUACAAAGUAUAAUUUAGUUAAAACUUAGGUUUCUGUCAUCAGUGGGAAAACAGACAUUGUUAUUCCACGAUUUUACAUGGAAUGUAAUGUCCAUGUUUUUACACUAAACAGCAGCUAUUAACAAUUACUUUCAGUUAAGACAGAUAAUACUGCUUCUCCUCAAAUGUCAAGAGAAUGCAUCUACUUUCUAAAACAAUUGCUCGAGAUUUCUAGAUAGGCAUUAACUGCUAGAAACAGAAUUGUGCCAACUGUUCUGAUUACUGCCAUUCCCGCCCUUAUACUGCAAAUUUAUGAUCCAUUUCUGGUCCCUGGCUGGCAUGAUGACCAUGGGGUUUGUUUUCAAGCCUGUCCCAAGCAAACCUGUGUUUGCUGGCUCGGAAGCCACACUGGCAAACAGGGAGGAUGUACAAAGGCAGCUUGGGUCUUCUCAUUGAUGUGUUUCCCUCAUCUCCUCCUGCCUCCAAACCAGAACUGAAAUCCCUGUGUUUGAAGAGCCACUGCAUCCCUUAACACCCAAGGGAAAUAGAAUUUGAUUUCUUCUUCAUUUGGGCUGUCUGCAGGGACUGGUGUAAAGGGGAGAGCAGGAACGCUGAGGGUUCCAGGGGUAACUUAGGGGAGCUCUCUGCUUCCCUCAGCACAUCUCUGUCCCCAGUGGGUGUCAAUUGGGCAAACCAUACUGUAGGAAAUGAAUUGCCAGGACUGGGUUUGGGUCACAUGAGCAAACAAUUACUUCCUUGGCUGUUUGCUGUCACUGCUCUGCCCAUCUUCCCCAAACAUGAGGAGUGCCCAAAGUCUGAUGGACAGGGGGGAAGAUGAAUGGGCCUUGGAAGGUCAGGUUGCAACACAAAGGAGAGGAAUUCCUGAGCAAUGAGCUGCUUGUGACAAGCAACAGGGCAGGAAUCAGACCUGCACCCUGAAUAUUGCUGCAGUUUGGUGAAAGGGGUUGUUCUAGUUAGAUUUUUUUUAAUAACUAUCUAAAUAGUUAUUAAACAUUUAAAUGUUACUGAGACUGUAGGAUUUUGAAGAGCUGAGAAAUUAUCUCAUCAUGGUGAAUGUAAUGGCUGUGCUCUAAUUCUCUAAUUGGCUGGGACAAUUCUAUUUCAUAUUUCAUCAUCUCUUGACAGUAAAAAUGGUAUUUCAUCUGCCUGCAAAAAUUUACAAUUUUUCCCACACACAGUUCGUCAUUUCCCAAAUUGUUUCCAUGUUAGUGCAUUUGUUCUUGUUGAGGAGCAGAAACUGCAGUUGGUAGCAUGUAUUUUGUAGCUUGGGAUUGCUUCCUAGCUGUCCAAAUUCUGUGUAGUUGUGGCCACUUCUAUGGAUAAUAAAAAGCUAUACCAGAGAAGGGAUUAAAUAAAUAUAUGCUGUAUGGUUGUACAUACAAUGGUUGUACUCUGUAAACAUGUCUCGAACCAACAGACUGUUCAGCCCAGGAAAAAUGCCCUUACACGAAAUAUCUUCUUGUUGAUGUGAAACAACCAUAAACCAUAUCUUGAAAUGUCUUGUUGCAGAUGUUAAAUGCAUUUCUGAAAGCAUGAAUCUACACAAUUUAUGCAGUACAAUGAAUUAAAUUACUAUAUGCAAUUGAAAAGAUUAAUAUGAAAUUAUUUUUUUGAUAUAGAUGAAUCAGCUGUUUAAAAAAAAAAAAAAAGAAAACCCAACCCUUUCUUAAUGAAAAUGUACAGUAAAUUUUGACAGACAGUAUAGUACACAAACCCUAACUUUACAUAGAGUAAGAAGUUGUACAAAAGCUCCUCCAUGCCAUAGUGGUGUAUUUCAUAAAAGCCAUGUCAAUUUGCACAGUCAUUUAUGAAUUCGACAUUGUUACUACCCAUAUGUUUUUCCACAGGACUGAUUAAAUGCAUAUUCCAAAUAGAUCUGUUAUUUUAACAUUUGUUUUGUAAAUCCAUACAUGUAUAAAGCCAGAGUCAUUUUUGUGGUCACUACAGCACUUUCUGUGAAUUGGCCAAUAAAUAUAAUUUUAGAAUUUCA